CCCUUUUGAUACGCUCUCUGGCCGAACCCGAAACCAAGCUUACCACGCCGAAAUAAUAGCUUUGUGAGAACGCGAAGAAAGCGCCAAGCUUUCGGCCGGGAAGUGCCUUCGAGUGACGCACACCAAGCUUUCCGACAGUCGGCGCGCUGAAGUGACGUAGGGCAGAAUGCAGAACAGGGCCGUAGAGCCCCCAACUAAUUAGUAGAUUAGCAGUGACAUUAUAUUGGAUCCCGUGGAAAUCCGUCGCAUUAAUCGGAGCCGCCCAUUGUAUUCAACGACCCUCCGGUAAAAGCUUCCGGACAUCGUUAGUUUUUGAAAAGCACGCGGUCGAAAAGAAUCCGUAAUAAUAACAACAAGGGGUAAGGUUAUUCAACCCACAAGAACAGCUUCAGUGCAGCAGGAGCGACAGAGACAGCGCAGCGCAACAGGUGACAGCAUGAGCAGUUUACGCAUUUGCCAAGCCAUGUCCCUGAAUCCCAAUGCAUCUUUAACCGAAUCCGCCUCGGUAUCGGAAUCUGUAUCCUCGAGGGUCUGUAUGAUGGGCUGCCAGCUGGAGAAUCCCAAGGAGCUGCGUCGCUUUCCAGUCCAUGAUGUCGAUCGCUGCAAACUCUGGCUGCGUCACUUCGGUAUCAGCGAGAAACGCUUGGAUCAGCUCGGCGGCCUGCAAAAGCUGCGCAUCUGCCUCAGACACUUUAGCCACCGCCAAGAGAUGGCCAAGACCCGCAUCAAGAUGACGCCGCUGCGCAAAAGUCCCAAGGGAAUAGUGCUAUCCAAUAACUCGGGCUCAUUCGGAAGCGCAGGAGCAGGAGGAGUAGGUGGACUUCAAGGAGGAGGAGGUGCAGCCAAGACGGUGGUGAACAGCACAACCAUUGGAUUUGUAGACAGUUCUACUAGAGAUAUGGAAAAGCCGCAGCUUCAGACCAAGAACCCGACCAUCAUUAUGCCCACUAUGCCGCAGCGUUCGCAUUCUAUCAGUUCCUCGGCUUCUAGUGAUGUGCAGUCCAUAAAUUCAGACUACGAAGCUUCACUGCCACUGUCCACCUUGGUGGACACCCAAAACGGAAGCAAUAAUCGAACUGAGAAUGGGCAACCGAAGAAGAGGAAACUCUAUCUGAUCACUGAGAAAUCCGAUGAGACCAAUGGCCAUAUUUUGGAGACCAAUGGACAGCCCAAAAAGCGUAAGAUGUUCGUGGUGGUGGAGCAGGAAAAGGAGUCCUCGACUGGCAAGAAACUAAUGAUUGUUACCGACAAGCCACAGGCUGAUCUCACCCAGCAUUUGGAGAAGCUGCUGCCCGAGAUACUGAAUCGCAUACAGGACAAGGACAAGCAGAAGCAGAUCAAACCCACUCCUGUGGUGGCUAAGACCAAGCCAGUGGUGGUUAACAAUCCCACGGUUAUCACCAGACCCCACAUAACGUUGCCGCCCAAAAAGAAUCCCACAAACUUUGUAAAGCUGGCAGCCAUGCCGCCGAGUCCAGUGCCUUCUCCAGUUCAAAUGCCACUUCCAAUGCAGAAUAACAAACACAAGACUAUUGAGGAGGAGGAACCCAUCAAUCCUGAAGAGAUCGAGACUAAUAUUAACCUGUCGCCGGAUUUCCGCUUCCUCAUGAAGAUCCUACCCAAGCUGGAGCAGCUGCCAGAGCCGCACAAGCAGAACGUGAAGCGAUCCAUUCAGAUUUUUGUGGAGAAGAGCUACAGUAUCUACGGCCAGAAGGAUUAAUCAGUUAACCAGUAUUGAAACUAAGAUUUAAUUACCAUUUUUACGGCAGCCGAGUUCCCAUUAUCAUAACCCGCGAAGGGCAUUUUACAUUUUGUUGUCCAAGACUGAAGCAGAACCAAUAUUAAUUAAUUUAAGCAAGGGCGCGGAGCUGGAGCAGCUCCCCCAUUUAGAUAAGUCACUCUACAAAAUUUGAUAUUACCCAAAUGAAUGGCGGUUUCUGGGUAGUUUUUGAAAGCCAUAAACUUAAAGUUAAGAUUGAAGUUCUUUCUAUAUUGAAUAUACGAAAGCAUUUGCUGAGCUUAAAAAGAAAACAAUUCAAGUUAAAUGCUGUUUUACUGGGGGGGAGUAUCUAAGGAAACCUGUAGAAUGGGUUAAAGAAUUGAUGUACCAAAUUUCAGAACGUUUCGUCAAGACGAUUUGGAGUUAUCGACUUUCAAAAUGGAACUUUUCAGGAGAGCAAACUACCUCUGUUAAAAUAAUCAUAACUUCGUCAACUUUGUAAUGAUUGAUGUGAAACUUUGACCAAAUGUUCUUAACAUAUUGGACAUUCAUAAUAAAAAAUAAAAAUAUAUACGAAACAAAAUUUAAAUACCAUAUCCACCCCUUAAUAAAUAACACCUUUAAUUUCUUUUAUCGUAUCUUUUUGGUUUUUUUUUUUUUGUUGUUAUGUUUUUUGCAUUGUAAUUCCAAAGAACUUUAUUUAGUUUGAAAGCAUUUUUUACGAUCUCGUCCUUUCUUUUCUCGUUUGUUACGUUAUAAUAAUAUUUAGUAAGUCUAAUGCGGGUUUAUUUAGUGUGUGGUUGGGUUUAGUUUAGUUAAUACAAUGGUUAGUGUGUGUCAUUACGAUUUUCGUGUAUGUAAUUAAUGCAAGGUUCUGGAUUUUUGGCCAUCCUUUCGAUGGCGUUUUCUAAUUUACACUUCCUUGCAGACAGAAGUUAGUUGUUAUUGGCUUAGUAUCGUUUUUCGUUAGUAAUGCUAUGUGGCUAAUGCGGUUAAUACGCACACACACAACACACAUAUGCAUUUGGUUAAUUACAUAUAUACAGUUAAACAGUUGAUGUUUAAGUUUUAAACACUUUGCUUGCGAAUCGAGGAAACCAAAUUGUGUUUUUGUGUGACCUUUGAUUAUUAGGGAACUUUGUUGCGUGCUUUUAUUGGAUGAGGAGAUUUUCUACAUGAGAGGAGAAAUUUAAUUCCAUUUCGAGUGCUACAAUUAUAUAAUCGCGUCAUAUAAUAUAUAUAUAUAUAUUCUUUUUACAACAUUUAGCAAAUUUCCCACAUAAACUCGUAUAUCGUAUUUUUCGGUUAAGCUUUUUGCCUUCGAUUUAUAGUUUAUAUAAUUUAAUAUAUAUAUAUUUAUUUCGUGUUUGUUUGUUAACUACUUUUUGGUUGUGGCCUACAAUUAGCAUUUCGGGUUAGCGUAUCGAGUGUUUUUUACAUGCUUUUUAUAAGAAAAAAAUAUUUGCCCUUCUACGAAACAUUUAUGUCAUCAUCCUCGGUCUAUUCGUCAAUGAGAAGCAAUCACAAAGUUUUUCUCUAAGUUUAUGUUCGUCGAUUACAAUAGGUAUUUACAUAUUUUUUGUUGUUUGUUCAGAGUGUCAUGGGAUUAGUAGUACUUCAGUGUAAGCAAAACUACAGGCUACGCUUUUGCGGUCAAGUUGAAAAUGCUCCUUUUACACAUCGAGUCAAUCAUGGGAUACUACCGAGUGUGUGGGUUAAAAAAACUGUGUCACAAUUUCUACAAACAGCCUUUUGUUAAACAUGUUAAACGUACAUCUAUACGAAUAUCUGUUAUAUCUGUUAUACGUUAGCAAAUUAGAGUUAUAUAUAUUGUAGUUUAUAUGAGUAUUCUUUAGUUUUUACAUUUUAUAACCUGAGCGCAAUCAUUUUUUAUGGUUCACUCUACCAAUUCGUGACCAAAAAUUCAAAUUUCAAUAUUUUUUUCCAAUUGUCCU